GUGCCGCGAUUGUUGCGCUGCAGUCUGUUAAAGUGCGUGAUUUCGUGAAAGCUGAUCCGUUUUGUUUUUUGCUGUCUAUCUAAUUUUAGCUCCUAAUCGUGUGAGACUGUUGUCAUACGCGACUCUUACGGAAUAGUAGCGACUAGGCUGUUAAAGGAGUGAGUAUCACCGCAGGAAUCUUCUCCUUUAGCGGCUGCAUCAGCCUCUCUGCGUCCCUGUUAGCUCUCUGGAGCUAGCAAAUUUUAGCUGCUGCCUGUUGUUGUUGUUGUUAUUGUCGCGUGAAUCUGAUGGGGUUGUGCAGGAAUAUGCCUUUAACUCAAAGUCAUAACAGCUCGGAAUAAGUCGACAGAGUCAAAGAUUAAACACCAGCAGGUUGUUAGCUCGCAAACUAGCCUCUUAACUUAGCCGAGCGAGCAAGCUAGCUACCCGGAUUGUCUUUCACAAAAGGGCACCGCGUUGAACAACAAGACUUUGUUAUCCGACAUAACGCUGGCUUUUUUUUACUCAUUUUAUAUAUAUAUAUAUAUUCUGUUGCUUGGGCUUUAUACACGAGGAAGCAUUACAACAGUGCAGAAUGAAUGGGUUCAGCACAGAGGAGGACAGCCACGACGGACCUCCGGCGCCGCCGUUUUACGGGCAGAGCUGCUGCCUGAUCGAGGACGGUGAGCGCUGCGGCCGCUCCGCUGGAAACGCCUCCUUCAGCAAGAGGAUUCAGAAGAGCAUAUCACAGAAGAAGCUCAAGCUGGACAUUGACAAGAGUGUGCGACACCUCUACAUCUGCGACUUCCACAAGAACUUCAUCCAGAGCGUCCGCAAUAAGAGGAAGAGGAAGACCAGUGACGAUGGAGGAGAGUCUCCGGAUCAUGACGUGGAGGUGCCCGAGGUUGACCUUUUCCAGCUGCAAGUGAACACGUUGAGACGCUACAAGCGGCACUACAAGCUGCAGACCAGACCUGGCCUCAACAAGGCCCAGCUGGCAGAGACGGUGAGUCGUCACUUCAGAAAUAUUCCGGUAAACGAGAAGGAAACACUGACCUACUUUAUUUACAUGGUGAAGAGCAGCAAGAGCCGCUUGGACCAGAAAGGAGACGGCGGCAAACCACUGGACUAAACUUCCCAACAACCACCACGGCAGUAGCUACAACAGAAUACCACAAUAAUCCACAAUCACAGUGACAAAACAGCACCAUCUACAGCAACAGCAACCAGAAGCAGCUCCUCCCGCAACCCCGUCACCGUCCCGCUCCUCUGCAACACCAGAACCUACACUCUGGUUGUCCUCGGAAGGAUACCGAACGGAAAAAUCGGUGAGAAUUCAGGUUGGGACGAGUUUACUCAGUCGCUGAGCAUGUAGUCACAAUCUUCUUCUUCCUGUCCUCCACAACAAAGCCAGGUCCCGAAAGACUGUCAAGGACCAGGACUCACUCCGCAGGGUUUUUACGUCGUCAUGCUGUAAACGUAACUGUUGAUAUGUACAAAAAAGAACAGCGUACUUGGUUAAAUGCAAUGUACAAUAUAGCUGCCUUAAGAGUAAAAACAACUUUUUUGGUAAUUUUGUUUUUUCUUUGCCGAGUUGACUGUUAACAUGUUCACCGCGGGGAAUGCAUGUGCCAAACUGGUAAUGAAUGCUGAGUGAGUUUUCUUUUUUUUUCCUUUGCUUCUGUUAUGAAUGAAUGAAUUGGAAAGGGGGCGCUGCCUUUGCUGACGUCUCGUUUGUCAGCACUCUUUGACAAGCUCAGUUUUCUCCUUUUUUAAAAACUAAAAGUGGCACAAAAUUCCCAUAUACAUAUAUAUCUAUAUAUAGAGAGGGAGAGAGGAAGAAAUCCAAAUUCUCAGUAAUUCUCGCCCCGUCGCCCCUUUUCCAGCUGGAUGUGAUGCAUGUAAAAGAGUGGUGGUGGUGAAUGAUGUAGCAUUUGGCUAUGAAGCACACUUUCCCUUCUUGCUUGCUGUUUUAUGUACACACAAACACACACAUACAGAUUUAUUUUCUCAUUGCAUUGCAGGUGUUGGUAGCUACUUUCAUUUUUGUUUUUCUUUGUAAUCCUUUUUCUUUAGUUCAGCCUUAACAAGUUGUAUAAAGUUGUGUCUGUUUAUGAUUUUUAGAUUUCUCUUUUUUUUCUUUUUUUUUUCUUGUGUGUGUCUGUGUGAUAGAGGGGUGUAAGAGUAAUUAUUAGUGUUACAUUUUAAUAUUUAAGAGCAGUGUUUAUCGUGGACAACAUCUCAACUCUUUUGAUUUGAUACUUACGACACCUUUUCAACUUUAGUGAAAGUUGGCUAAUGAAGUCUUAGAGAAGUUUUACAUUUGUAUGCCCAAUUUAAAUAAUCCAGCUACUUCACAUACGUCCCCAGAAUGUCAUUAAAUCUGACAUCAAUCUCAAAUUGGCACCAAAAGUGGCAUCACAGCACAGCUGGGUUUGUUUUGUUUGCGUUCUCUUUUUUUCACACAGAUUGAGUUCACCUUCACUCUUUAAAGAUGCAGUGUGUAGAAUUUAGUGGCAUCUGUGGAGUAAUAUUCAUCAAGUAUGUUUUUAAUGAGUGUAUAAUCUCCUAAAAAUAAAAAUGAUUGUGUUCAUUAGCUUAAAAUGCCCUUUUUAUCCACAUAACUCCCAGUGUUGUACCGCCAAGUUUCUACAGUAGCCCAGAGUGGACAACCAAAUACCGGCUGUAGUUCUCCAACCAGUUUAGGAAAGGAGGGGGAAGAGUAUUCAGUUGAUUCAAUCUACAACCUCACCACUAGAUGUCACUAAAUCCCACAAACUGCACCUUUUUAAAUUAUUUACAUUUGUUUGUAAAUAUUGAAGUGCAGUGAUUUCCUUUUGUCAUUUAUUAAUUGAUCUGUAAUUAAGAGUGAUUUACGGUCUAAUCAGUGAAAUGUGUGAAUUGACUGCAACUCCCAUAGCCCAAGGUGAAGUCCACUAACAACUUAUUUUAUCUGACUAAUGGUUUUCAGUUUACUGUGAUGUGAAACCGAGAAAACAGAAGUGAAGAUAUCUCUUUGAUUGGGUCUUUUUUAUAUUUCAGUGUUAAGCCACGAGCUGUAGCCCUUUGUUUUGACAGGUAGCCACCAGCAACCGCUCUUACUUAUGAAACAUGUAAUAUGAUUAAUCCAACACUGCUGAAAAAUGUACACGUUUAUUUAAAUUCUUAAUGCACUGCCAGGAAAAACUGUUGGUUUUCAAAACCAUGCUCCUCUUCAACUCCAACUCUGUGUUUUUGUUUUUUUUUAUGGUGGUGACUACAUAGAUUGUAGGUUGCACACAGUUUGGGGUUUUUGUUGGGAUGUUUUUGUUUUUAAUCUCUGCAUCUUCUUUCACACGCUGUAUUUAAGUUUGUCCGCCACACUGAGUUUGUCUUGACAGGGUUUUUUUUUUCUUUAUAUUGUCUGACAUAUUUUCAGUUUUGCUUGUAGGUUUCUUAGUGUCAUGUAGAUAACACCCAUCUUUAUUAACACAUAGGCCAUGCCACAUUAACCUAAUUGUUGCAUUAGAAAAUACAUAUUUAAAUAUGGCUGCUUAUUGCUCCUAAUAAGAAUAAAAAUAAUAAUAAAUGUAUUGU